AUGUCUCAUGACGACUCACAUGAAUUUUUUAAACUUCAACUUGAAGAGGAUGCAUAUUUCAAACAGUUGAGUUAUGGACAUAUAAUUGGCCAGAAAAGGACUUUGAGUGUUGGAAGCAACAGGUCCAAACACACACUACAGCAAGAACAGGCAAAUGACAAUGGAAAAUUGGAUAAUUUGAACUAUGAUAAAGAAAAGGAGAAACUAUUGCAACUAUGUGUGUAUCAAGAAUGGUACAAAUUGCAAUCAAAACAAAUGAAUGAAUUACGAGUCAAGAUUUAUCAAGAUCAAAUGCUAGUCUAUAACGAAACAGUGAAACGGUAUAGGAAAUGCGAAGGGGAUUGGAUUCGACUGCAUGGAGAAAAUAAGAGGCAAGAAGAAGAAGCGAAGAGGAAGAUAAUGGGGUGGAGGCAGCAAAUGAAGAAAUGGAUUGGACAUGCGUUAAGAAAGAAAAUUGUGGGGAAGAAGAAGUUAAAACUGUUUAGGAAAAAGGAUACCAAAGAGGAAGACGAUUCAAAAGAGAAAAAGAAGAAUGUAAAUAAAUUUGGAACUAGAAGGUAUUUCAAGAGGACCAGAAGCGAACCGAAUGAGAUUGAAAGCAAAGUAACUAUGCACUCAAGUAAAUCAAAUCAUGACCAACAAGAUCGAGGUAAAUCCAAGAAAGUUAAGACUAAGCAACUUGGUUAUUCCCGAUAUCUAUGCCAUAUUACAUACAAACCUGGAUCCAUUUGUACCACUUGCUUCAUUUCCACCAGGACCAAGGCUUGUCAUCGAACACGAAAACAGCCAACACCACUUCAAAGGCUCUUGGUGUUGAAUUGCCGACAAUGGCUGACCAUAAAAUGGGUUUGGCUUAAGAAGCAAAUAGAACAAAAGUUGACACUAUUCAACAGCACUAUUAAAUCAUUGACAUUUAGAGUAUUUAUUUACAAGGUGAGAGUAAUUAGAGGAUACUUUGCCUUGUUAGAGUGGGCUGAUAUGAAGAGAAGAAUAUGGAUGAUAAGAAUAAGGAGUAAGAGGUACACCAAUCCCAGACUGAAUAGAAGCUGUACGGUAACAAUUGCAAAUGUCGAAUUUAAAAAUCAUGUACCCCAUGGUAUCGCAACUGACAAAUUUGACCGUGCUCAUCGAGCGUAUCUUAAAUUUGAAAUGCACAAAUUGCAAUUACUUUGUCGGCAUAGUUUGCAAUUCACUUACAUAACUAUCUAA